CACUGGGUGCCCAGCAAGGGGAGCCCGGCGGCGGGCGGGGACUUGGGGCGGGACGUGCAGGGUGGAGAAAAGCGCCGGCCCACCGGCCAGCGCCGGGCUGCCUAGGUGAGCGUGCCGAGGCGUCAGCUGUGGACCUGCCAGGUGCCACCAUGUUGUGCUCCCUGCUCCUGCUGCUCCUGGCCAUAGGCAGGGGACAGACAACUCGGCCAUGUUUUCCUGGGUGUCAGUGUGAGGAAGAAACUUUUGGCCUCUUUGACAGUUUCAGCCUGACUCGAGUGGACUGCAGCAGCUUGGGCCCCCACAUUGUGCCUGUGCCCAUCCCUCUGGACACAGCCCACCUGGACCUGUCUUCCAACCGGCUAGCGACCGUGAAUGAGUCAGUGCUGGCAGGGCCAGGCUAUACCACACUGGCUGGCCUGGAUCUCAGUCACAAUCUGCUCACCAGCAUCGUGCCCACUGCCUUCUCCCGCCUGCGUUACCUGGAAUCGCUUGACCUCAGCCACAAUGAGUUGGCAGCCUUGCCAGCUGAGAUUUUCACCAGCUCUUCCUUGAGUGAUGUCAACCUCAGCCAUAACCGACUACGGGAGGUCUCAAUAUCUGCCUUUUCCACCCACAGCCAGGGCCGGGCACUGCACGUGGACCUUUCUCACAACCUUAUCCACCGCUUGAUUCCCCAUCCAGCCCAGGCCAGCCUGCCUGUACCUACCAUUCAGAGCCUGAACCUGGCCUGGAACCGGCUCCAUGCUGUACCUGAUCUCCGAGACCUGCCCCUGCGUUACCUGAGCCUGGAUGGGAACCCUCUGGCUACCAUCAACCCCGGUGCCUUCAUGGGGCUGUCGGGCCUCACCCACCUAUCACUGGCUAGCCUACAGAGUGUCCUCCAGUUAGCACCCCAUGGCUUCCGUGAGCUCCCAGGCCUGCAGGUCCUGGACUUGUCAGGCAACCCCAAGCUCCAGUGGGCAGGAGCCGAGGUGUUUUCAGGCCUGGGCUUGCUGCAGGAACUAGACCUGUCAGGUACCAGUCUGGUACCCGUACCUGAGAUGCUGCUCCAUCACCUCCCUGCUCUACAAAGUGUUAGUGUAGGUCAAGAUGUGCGGUGCCGGCGCCUGGUGCGGGAGGGUGCCUACCCCCGACAGCCUGGCUCCAGCCCUAAGGUAGUCCUACACUGUGGAGACACCCAGGAAUUUGCUGCCAGGGGCCCAGACAUCUUGUGACAAAUGGUGUGGCCUGGGGCCACUUGACAGACUGCUGUCCUGGGCUUGCUCAGGUCUCAGCUAACUUAUGUUUUAACGUGCCAAUGCCUGUGGGGAGUCUACAGGCCUAGGUGAUGGCAUCUCAGUAAAGUUGUGGGCCAGGGA